AUCAACAAUGCAGGCUGUAUGGUGAACCAGAGAGAGCUGACAGAGGAAGGUUUGGAGAAGAACUUUGCUACUAACAUGCUCGGUCAGUAGUCACGUCUCACUGGAAACAAUGUACAACACUUGCUAGUAUAGGUUGAUGUUUACUGACAAUGUUCUUCCUUAUCAUUACUCUUCACUUGGUUAGGUACAUUCAUCCUAACCACAGCGUUGAUACCAGCCCUGAAACAGGCACAAGACCCACGAGUGAUGAGUAAUGUCAUGCCUUAUACAAAUGACAUUUGCCCAAUACUGAACAUAGUCAAUUUUUUUUACAUUUUAGUCAUUUUAGCAGACGCUCUUAUCCAGAGCGACUUACAGUUAGAAAGUGCAUACAUUUUUCAUACUGGCCCCCCGUGGGAAUCGAACCUACCAACUGAGCUAAUGAAAAGCCUUAGAAAUUAGAAAAGUUGUUCUUGUAUGGCCUUUCCCCCAUUAGUUCUGUGUUAUUGUGCUUGAUUAACACCUAAUUCACCAGCAGAGGAACUAGUGUGUCUGAACAAAUGCAUCCAAGGAAUCUAUUACAUAUUACAAAAAAAACAAGAAAAGGACAUGUCCCAUCUGUCUAUAACAGUCUAACAGCACAGAUUGUCAUCAUGACAAUCACCCCUCUCCUCCAGAUCAGUGUCAUCAGGAGGCAUGCUGGUCCAGAAGAUGAGCGUGGACGACCUGCAGUCUGAGAAGGGGACGUUCGAUGGCACUAUGGCCUACCCCCAGAACAAAGUAAGGAUAUGGCACAUCUACUACCCACUCAUCACCCUGAGUGAAUGCAUUAUCUAGCCCAUGACUGUGCUGAGAUAGGGUAAAACAUUUUGUCUCAAAGUUAACCCUUUGGACCCCAAAAUAAUUAAGUAAAAUAUUCUGUUACAGUUCUGUUAUAUUCUCUGUGAAAGUUAUUUUCUGUGUGUUGUGGUGACAGAGACAACAGGUGAUACUGACAGAGAUGGGCAUCUCAGCAUAAAGAGAUCCACUUCUCCUCAAUGCACCCUGGCUGGGCUGACACUCCAGGUACUACCACUGAUCUAGAGUCAGAAAUGCAGACAGAAAUCUACCAGUACAAUCAGUAUAAUCAUCCAUGCAUUUCUUGAUCGAUUCUGUUAAGGAAAACGCCCUACAUCUUUGUUGACUAUGUGUUCCAUGUAGCUGUGCAGUUGUCCAUGCCUGACUUCCAUGCUAAGAUGAAGAACAAGCUGCGUACGGUGGCUAUGGGGGCCGACACGGUGGUGUGGCUGGCUGUCUCAGCUGUGGCCUCCAAGCAGCCCGGUGGACUCUUCUUCCAGGGUGAGACACAGGGGCCUUUUCUUAAUUAGAUUUGCUCAACUCCUGUGUCCUCUCUCCUUCGUCCUCUCUGGCCUUCUUUUGAAAAAGGUUAAAGGUAAUUGAGGAGAGGCGGCGAGGAGAGGGAAAGUGAAUGAAAAUGUGCUCAUAUGAAGUUAGACUCUCCUUCUACAAUCACGCGUCAUCAGGCAAAUUACGUUUACAGGGUGGAAUCCCAAAAGAAAUGUAAAGUGAUAAACAAAUGUAGCUAAUUGUGCAAGACAUGUAUUAGAUAAAAGGAUAAGAAGCAUAUCGUUUUUAAAUGUUUCCUCCUUUGAGAAAACAAUAGAUGAUUCAAAGGGGGUGUGGCAGAUUUCAAAACUCUUCUGCGAAGGACUCAGUUAGAAUACACUUAUGCUUCCUCACCAAAUUGAGGCAAUCGAGGAGGGGAGGACAGUCUUCCAUUUGCCUACUAAUGAAUUGACACACUCCUCGACCACUUAUCGGUUUCCGGGUCACGGAGGACAGACUUUUGCCCAAACGAGAGAACCCCAGGGAUGGAGAGGGUAGGGAGUGGAACAGGAAGGGUUUUUUCUUCUUCUUGGAAAUGCCUCCUUGAUAGACACAUCCUGACUCUGUUCAAAUACCUUCCUGAAAUCUCUUACAUCUGAUCCCCUUUUUUCUUUCCCAUAAUGCCCCAGACCGGAAGGCGGUGCCCACACACCUGCCUCUGGCUUCAUCCAGGUCUUCUCCGGCCGAUGAGAAGUUGCAGACGACACUGGAGCAGCUGGCACACAAGUUCAAACCUUUCCUACAGGGGUCAAAAGGUUAA